AUGGCCACCUUGCAGGUGGCGCAUGCAGAUUGUCUGGUCAAGGAGGACGCCAUGGAUAAGCCCGAUGCCAUGGAAACCUCGCACGCAGUGAGGAAGAACCAGCUGCCGAUGGGCGAGGGCAUGGGGUACCUGGAGUCCAAGCACCACCUGCUGCUGAGCAUUGAGUUCAAUCCAUUACGAGGAUUCUUGUUGCUCGCGGUGAAGAAGAGCAAGGCCAAGCACCCUCCGAGCGCCUUCAUCGUCUUCAUGGCGACUGUGGAAGCUUCUUCGCCGCUGGUGCCCGUCUUCAGCGCCCCAAAUCCAGCCGGCGUCUGCUCCUGCAUCGAGCAGGGGAGCGAGGAGGAGGAACCCCCAGCUCCCGUCGCCGUCUUGUUCUGUUCGUCAUCGUCUUCGUCCGAUCGGACGAGGCCCUGUGUCUCCGGCAUCGUCCCCGCCUCCAGGUCGCCGUGCCUCCACCCGCCGCCAUCUUCUUCUCGGAGCGCAUCCGCCUUACCUCGCCUCGUCUGCACCAAGCCUCGGCGACCCCUCCUGGACCGAGCCUCCGCUUGCCACCUCCGCCUCGAGCUGCCGGAGAUCGCGCCCGCCGCUUCAAGUCCCCUCUGCGUCCCACGCCGCCGCGGCUCUAUUUCCAGUCGAGCAGAGGACGCCCGCUCAUCUUGCCGGUUGACCGUGUGUCGCCCGCGUUGGCCUAUCCAGCCAGUGGCCCAGCUCCAGCCACUCCCGCACCUCAUCGGGCCCAGAUCUGCCAGCUCCCUGGAGCCUAAUUUCCGGUAAUGUUGCGAUUGUGAGGAUUCAUUCGACUACGUCC